AUGUUAGAGGAAGACAGAGAGGCUAUUCGUAGAAUGAAGGCCGAUUUUGAGGCUAUAGCAGAAUUAACUGAAAGUGAGUUCAAAUCUAAUACAGGUUUUGCAAGACGUAUGAAUCACUACAGUACUGUUUAUACGGCAGCGACACGAACCACGAACCUCAAAUCUACCUCUGACUUUGCUGGUUACUACGUGGAUGAGCUUCUGUAUAUGGACUUUCAAGAGAUGCUUACACGUUAUCUUCUAAAGUAUCGCGAUUUGCGAGCCCCAUCAGAAAUGCAAUUAUUUACCAAAGUUUUAAAGGUCUGGGAACAUUACAAGGUUUUAAUGAAAUGGAACAUGAGGACUUUUGCAUAUCUCUCUAGGUUUUAUAUUGUUAAUUGUUCUAAACCAUCUCUUCAACAAGUAGCUCUGAGUAUAUUUCUUGAACAAAUUCUAAAAAAAAAUACACAAACAAUUAGUCGUGUAACUCAAGAACUUCUUUCAGCGGAAAGAAAUGGUGAAGGAGUUAAUCGUGAUCAAAUUCGAAGUGCCAUUGAGUUACUUUCAUCUGUUAGUAUUGAAAAAAGGGAAGAAAUAUAUACUGAACAGUUUCUGAGCCCUUUUUUGGAGUUAACUAAAAAUCAUUACGAUAAUCUACUUUCUGAAUGGAGUAAAUUAUGUACACCUUCUGAAUAUUUACGAAAACUAGAACAGGUUCAUAGCGAAGAAAAGGCUAGAUGUGCAAGUUAUUUUUCUUCAGAAGAUAGACAAACUAUCAUGUUACACUUGGAAGAAGUUCUAUUGGAAUCUCCAGUAACAAUAGAGAAAUUACUUCAAUCAAACGAUGGUUUUAUGGCUGCAUUAAAAAAUCGUGAAGAAGAACUUUUAAAAUCAUACUAUAAUUUGCUUUCUCGACGCACUAAAUGUGUUUUAAUACUAUCUAGUCUUAUGAGAGAUGAAAUUAUUACUGAAGGUGAAGAACGAUUACUGCAACCUUAUAGUGAAGAAAAGGAAAUAGACUUUAAAUCUUGUGUUUCAGAUAUGAUGAGGUUGCAAGAUGAUUUUCUCCGACUUCUUGCUAAAUGUUUUAACAGCCAUGUUAUGAUGCUUAAAGCUAUAAGAGAGGGUCUUGAAAAAGUAUAUAGUGGUGGAGUAUGUGCAUCCAAAAGAUCCCAUCGGUGUGUUCCAUUUAGUGAACUUUUAGCCUAUUACGCUGAUGCUAUUCUUCAAGGUAAUGGAAGUUCUACAGAUGAAGAAGAAUUAGAGCGAGUCGUUGCAGCUCUCACUUAUGUAACUGAUCGAGAUACAUUUCUUGCUCAUUCACGUGAUUUACUAUCUCAGAGAAUUUUGUUUCCACGUAAAAAAAUUGAUGAAGUUUCUGAACGAUCUUUUGUUCAACGUGUUAGUCAACGUUGUGGUGUAUCGAGUACAAGUUAUCUUGAAGGUAUGCUUCAUGAUUUAGAUGUAGCUGAGGGUUUUAAUGCAGAAGAAAAACUUGAGGCCAUUGGUAAAAAACCAAAAUUUGCAUUUAAUGUCCUUGUUUUGAAAAAAGGAAUUUGGCCUACACGAAUUCAAAGUGAAUUUUUUACGCCUCCUUCUAUGAUAAAAGAAGCCUUGCAGGCGUUUCAAACAGUCUAUCUUGAAGGUACGACAGGACGAGUACUUACAUGGUCUUAUUCUAAUAGCAGUGGAGAUGUAAAUGCAGUUUUUAAAAAGGGUACAAAGACCCUUUUGUUGACAGGACCUCAAUGUUGGUUACUUCUUGCAUUUAAUUCUGUGAAGAGAUUAACCCCAAAUGAUGCAAUGAACCUUUUUGGAAUGUCCAUGGAAGAUUUAAAACCAGUAUUUCUUCCUUUGUUGAAGUGUUCAAUACUAUGUAAGGAGGUUGAUUCUCCUAAUUUUCUACCUAAUGAUAUAUUUUCAAUUAAUGAAGAAUUCUCAAGUAAAUGGAAAAAAGUCCGAGUACCAACAGUAAUUUCUCAUCGUAUUGGUAUUUCUCAUGGGGAGACGAUAGCCAAAGAAGUUGAUGAAGACAGGAAACCAGCUAUAGAUGCAUGUUUGGUUCGUAUUAUGAAGAGCCGUCGUGUCAUGAGUCAUUCAAGUCUUUUGGAGGAGUGUCAUCAGAAACUUUCACCCUUGUUUUUGGCUGAUCCCAAAAUGAUUAAGCAACGAAUUGAAGAAUUGAUAAGAAAAGAAUAUAUUGAACGGGAUCAAAAAUCAUCUGACGUAUACAGGUAUACUGCUUGA